UCGAUACAACAUCAACAUCCCCACUCAGUUUAGUUGUAGUAUUAUAAAUAAAACCCAAGCGCUAAACACAGCUUAAACACAAGCCAGCCGCUUCAACCGCUGGUCGCUAGUCAAGUGCUUCAAGGAUACAAAUAUGUAAACACUGUUUAGGUCACUCGAGUCUAGCCACAACAACAAAGCGAAUCCGAAUCCGAGUCCGCGACGAAGAAGAAGAGAGUGCGUGAGAGAAACGACAGCUGCUGCCCGUGUGUUGGUGCAGGAUAACAAAUACAAAACAUACAAUAACAACAAAGCAGUGUCCAAAGUGCCAAACGAAUUUGCCAAAAAAAAAGAAAAGCGAAAAGUAAACCAAGAUUCCCAAACGGUCCAAAGCCCAGCCAACGGCUUCCGAGUUCGUUCAUCAAGUUCCAAUGCAAAGACCAUGUGCAUAAAUGAAGAGCUACAGCCAAUUUAAUUUAAACGCCGCCGUCGCCCCGCCCGCCAUUGCCUACGAUAACGCAGCCGCAGCCGCCGCAGCAGCAGCAGUUGCCCAGUCACUUAAUCAAGGCUCGCCCCUUGAUCACAGCCAUCACCAGCAGCAGCAGCAGCGCCAGGACAUGCCGCACUUUGGACUUGGCACUGGUCCGCAGCCGCCGCCACCUCCUCAGCAGCUACAAGUGCACCACCAGCAGCAGCAGCAACAGCAGCAACAACAGCAGCAGCAACAACAUCAACAACAAUUGCAAAUGUCCAUGCUGCCAGGUCCGUACCGGCCGCACAUUGAGGAAAAGAAACUAACGCGAGAUGCCAUGGAGAAGUACAUGCGGGAGCGCAACGAUAUGGUCAUCGUGAUACUCCAUGCCAAGGUGGCCCAAAAGUCAUAUGGCAACGAAAAACGAUUCUUCUGCCCACCGCCUUGCAUUUAUCUCUUCGGGAGCGGCUGGCGACGGCGAUACGAGGAGAUGCUGCAGCAGGGCGAAGGCGAACAGGGGGCACAACUAUGCGCCUUCAUUGGUAUCGGUAGCAGUGACCAGGACAUGCAGCAGCUGGAUCUCAAUGGCAAGCAGUAUUGCGCUGCCAAAACCCUGUUCAUCUCGGACUCGGACAAGAGGAAGCACUUUAUGCUGUCGGUGAAGAUGUUCUAUGGCAAUGGCCACGACAUUGGUGUCUUCAACUCGAAGAGGAUCAAGGUGAUAUCCAAACCGUCCAAGAAGAAACAGUCGCUGAAGAAUGCCGAUCUGUGCAUAGCCAGCGGCACCAAUGUUGCCCUGUUCAAUCGCCUGCGCUCCCAGACCGUAUCCACCCGGUAUCUGCAUGUGGAGAACGGUCACUUCCAUGCCUCGUCCACCCAGUGGGGCGCAUUCACGAUACACCUGUUGGACGACAAUGAGUCCGAGUCGGAGGAGUUUCAGGUGCGCGAUGGAUACAUUCACUACGGGGCAACCGUUAAGCUGGUGUGCUCCGUCACUGGCAUGGCCCUGCCGCGUCUCAUAAUCCGAAAGGUGGACAAGCAAAUGGCCCUGUUGGAAGCCGACGAUCCUGUUUCACAGCUGCACAAGUGUGCCUUCUAUAUGAAGGACACGGAUCGCAUGUAUUUGUGCCUGUCGCAGGAGAAGAUUAUCCAGUUCCAAGCCACUCCCUGUCCCAAGGAGCCCAACAAGGAGAUGAUCAACGACGGUGCCUGCUGGACCAUCAUAUCCACGGACAAGGCAGAAUAUCAGUUCUACGAGGGCAUGGGUCCUGUGGCUUCCCCUGUCACGCCAGUGCCAAUAGUUAAUUCACUGAAUCUUAAUGGCGGCGGCGACGUGGCCAUGCUGGAGCUCAGUGGCGAUAAUUUCACGCCUCACCUGCAGGUGUGGUUCGGCGAUGUGGAGGCGGAAACCAUGUAUCGCUGCACGGAGACACUGCUGUGUGUCGUUCCUGAGAUUUCCCAGUUCCGUGGGGAAUGGCUUUGGGUGCGUCAGCCCACACAGGUACCAAUUUCGCUGGUGCGCAACGAUGGAAUUAUUUAUGCCACGGGACUGACCUUUACCUACACACCAGAGCCUGGUCCGCGGCCACAUUGUAAUAACCAGACCACCGAGGAUGUGAUGAGGACACGGCACAAUAAUAACAACAACAACAUCACUAGCAUUAGCAACAACAACAGCAGCAGCAGCAAUGCGGGAUCACCUGCCAGCGGCAGUAUGCAACAGCAGCAGCAUCAGACGCUGCCCUCAAUCUCAGAAGUGCAAUGGAAUAGUCACGGUAGCGGCUUGUCCUGAGUGCAGGAUUAUUGCAUUAUCGCAUAUUUAUGUAUGAUAAGUUACUUAUAGUUUUUAUUAAAGUCCUUAGUUUGUAGAUUUAUGACAUUUCUCAUGCUAAUUUUCGACAUCUCAUGAUCCUCUCUAUAUACCGAAUCAUCCUAUCUAAGAUAUAUAUUCGUAUCUAGUGCUAGUUCGGAACCAAUAGAUGUAUAAA